CUUUAAAACUACAUAUCCCAUGAAGCACCGCGGUCAGAUGUCAGAAAGCAUCCGCCAGCCGCCGUCGGUCGAAGGAGAAAGCUGAUCUUCAGUGUGUCAUUUGGCGGAGCUGUUGGCAGUAGUCCGGACGCAGGCAAAAACAGAUCAUGAUGCUUCGUAAAGUCAGCCAGUCGUCUUCCGCCCUGUGCGGCACCAUUCUUCGUAUUCCGCCCGUGUUAUCUGGGGCUCAGCGUCAAGCCGGGGCUGUCGCUGCCGUCCAGAAUGCCCGUCUUUACGCCACCCAAGCUGCAGAGGCAGUUUUGGAGAAGACUGAAACAGUGGGAAGUGACGCUGCUGCCACCAAAGUGGAGAAGAAGACAGUUGCUGCUGAAUCCAAAUCUUUUGCUGUUAGCAUGUUCAAGGGGCAAAUCAGCACUGCUCAGGUGUUUCCUUAUCCCUCAGUUUUGAAUGACGAGCAGGAACAGUUUCUUAGAGAGCUUGUCGGGCCUGUGGGCAAAUUCUUUGAGGAGGUGAAUGAUGCCACAAAGAACGAUGCCUUGGAGAAGGUGGAGGAUCACACCAUGCAGGGCCUGAAGGAAAUGGGUGCCUUUGGCCUGCAGGUGCCGGCUGACCUGGGUGGCCUCGGCCUCUCAAACACACAGUAUGCGAGGCUGGUGGAGAUUGUUGGCAUGUAUGACCUGGGUGUUGGCAUCACCCUGGGUGCCCACCAGUCCAUUGGCUUCAAGGGCAUUCUGCUGUUCGGCAAUCCCGCCCAAAAGGAGAAGUACCUGCCCAAGCUUGCCACAGGAGAAAACAUAGCAGCUUUUUGUCUGACUGAGCCAGCCAGUGGCUCUGAUGCUGCCUCUAUCAAGACCACGGCUGUGCAGUCGCCCUGUGGGAAGUACUUCACUCUCAACGGCAGCAAGAUCUGGAUCAGCAAUGGAGGCCUGGCCGAGAUCUUCACAGUGUUUGCCAAGACACCCAUGAAGGAUCCCAAGACAGGGGAGAUGAAAGACAAGAUCACCGCCUUCGUCGUGGAGAAGAGCUUUGGAGGAGUGACACAUGGCCCUCCAGAGAAGAAGAUGGGCAUCAAGGCGUCCAACACGGCUGAGGUCUACUUUGACAACGUGCGUGUGCCAGCCGACUGCGUUCUGGGUGAGGUGGGCGGCGGCUUCAAGGUGGCCAUGAACAUCCUGAAUAACGGGCGCUUUGGUAUGGCCGCUGCCCUCUCAGGCACCAUGAAGGGAGUCAUUACCAAAGCUGUGGACCAUGCAGCCAACAGAACCCAGUUUGGGAACAAGAUCCACAACUACGGUGCCAUCCAGGAGAAGAUGGCACGCAUGACCAUGCUGCAGUACGUCACCGAGUCUAUGGCCUACAUGAUCAGUGGAAACAUGGACAGCGGCGCAUCUGAAUUCCAGAUAGAAGCUGCCAUUAGCAAGAUCUUUGCCUCUGAAGCAGCAUGGACCGUGACUGACGAGUGUGUCCAGGUUAUGGGUGGCAUGGGUUUCAUGAAGGACGCCGGAGUGGAGAGAGUGAUGAGGGAUCUGCGAAUUUUCCGUAUCUUUGAGGGCACCAAUGACAUCCUCAGGCUCUUUGUGGCCCUCAACGGUUUCCAGAAUGCUGGCAACCAGCUGAAGAGCUUACAAAAGGCCUUGAAGAACCCACUUGGCAACGCUGGGUUGCUGGCAGGAGAGCUCUCCAAGAGAGCUAAGAGGAAGGUUGGAUUGAGCUCAGGUCUGACACUUCAGGGAACUGUGCACCCAGAACUGGCACAGAGUGGUGAACUGACAGUGAAAGCCAUCGAACAGUUUGGAGCCGUCAUUGAGGAGCUGCUGAUGAAACAUGGCAAGAAGAUUGUGGAUGAACAGUUUGUCUUGAAGAGAGUUGCAGACUGCGCCAUUGACCUCUACGCCAUGGUGGUUGUCCUGUCGAGGGCCUCACGCUCUCUGAGUCAGGGCCAUCCCUCAGCUCAGCAUGAGAAGAUGCUGUGUGAGACCUGGUGUAUUGAGGCCCAUGACAGGAUCAUGCUGGACAUCGGGUCUCUGCGCUCCAGUCAGUCCAGACAGGUCUUCAAGAACCUGCGGGCCAUCUCUGCGGCCGUGGUGGAGAACGGAGGCGUGGUCUCCCCUCACCCCCUGGGCUUCUAAACACAGCAUGCUCCCCGUCCCUGAAUCUCUCCUCAAUGUUAACUUUUUAUUUUCCUCUCCCUGAUCUCUAAACAGGCUCUGUGUCUUGUAUGCCAAGUCCUCCAUUUCUUCUCAACCUUUUCCUCAUCUGUUUUUCUUCCUUAAUCACCACCAUCGCUCCGUUUCACAAAGGUGCCCUUUUAUCUCUAUUGUGUGAGCUUUAAGGUAAUUAAUGGAGGAUUACAAAUCUACCACCUGCAUUUAAGAACGAUCCAUUGAAAGUCCUUCGAAUGUGUGAAUGGAGCUCUCAGCAUGUACCAUAAGUGGUCCAGCUUCCAUGUUCGUAGCUGGUUUAGUCAUGUUAUUAUUUAAUCCGAUGUAACUUUGAUGAUCAGUAAUGCCUGUUUUUGUUUGUUUAUAGAAGAUGAAUAUACAAUAUCAAUGCAACUUGGAUGUGGUAGGCCAGUCAGAGGAGGAAGCUUAUAACUGAUUUGUUUUGAGCUGUUAAAUUAUACACCCAAAAAAAGGUAUUUUAAAGACUUUUUCAUUUGUACACUAUCGAGAUGUCUUACAGCAAUGCAAUUGUAUAGAAUGCAGUGGUGCUUCUCUGUAUAUUUCAUGCCUUUUUUCAUAUAAAGUCUCACUCUGCUCAUCACAUUCAUCCUGACAUGAGGAACAGAGCUUUUGCCUUAGAAACAGAUACUGUAUAGUGUUCCUGUUGUGGCUUGAUUCAAAACAGAAAGAGAGCUUUAACAUGGAGUUUAAAAUGUGCAGGUCAACUCAUUCUUUCCUAAUGACUGUCACAUUAAAUGCCUAAGUGCAAGCAUUUGAUUUCUCAGCCAAAAAAGCAGCCAGCACUAUUAACUCUAAGUGCUGGUAAUUCACCGUAUCAGUCUGCAUACCUGGUUUAUGGACAGUUUUUUUUUUUUAAGUAGAUGUAAAUGCUUGCUAUACAAACACUGUUUGUUUAACUGCGUGUACAUAUGGGGUAACUUAAUGUAUGUUGGUAGCUGUGUGUUUUGAAUGUGCUGCCUCUAGCUGCAGUAAAAUGCUCCUAAAACUCAAAAAGGUCCGUACAAAUAAAGUCAUGUGAUGUCUGAAUGCUGUAAUAGGAAUGUGUACUGUACCCAUGCUGCAUUUGCAUGGCACCAUUUUGAGUAGGAGAUCAACUAUUCAAAGGGAUUCUCGGUACUGUAUGAAACAGUUAGAAAUCUGUUAAGAUAUUACUGUGCUUAAUUUCAAGAUGAGCAUCACCAAUAGGUCAUUUUCCCUCAAAUUAACAACAGUACAUACCCUGCUUGUUCAUUUACUGUCUCAAAUACAUGGGAAAAAGACAAACACAGUCAAAACAUUUGCAACAGAAACUUCAGUGGAGUCAGUGAAGAACUCUGAGAAUGUAAUUCAGACCUCGAUUGCGGUAAAUUGUGUUAAAGUGCCACAGAAAGAGGUGAGCAUCCAACACACAUCAGCACAGACAUUUUUCUGUCUUUUAAACACCUUUUUUUGCCCUUUGCCUGAUUGCAAUUGCAGUGCAGCUGUUGCCUAUAAAAUGUACAGAUUCGUUUGUCACCAUACCUGUGAAUAUGGUGCUGCCUCGGCCCAUUGUCUCUCUGGUUUCAUUAAAUUUGUAGCAAGUGCUUGUACAAGCUGAUGUAACCUACAUAAAUCAAUUAAAUAUUGAACCUCAGAACA